GGGAAAGGGAAGGCGGGCAGCGGAAUCCGCUGUUUCCUCUGCCGGUCAGCCCGGGGCUGCCCCGCGGGGAGCACCGCCGCGGGUCGCCGGGACCGGCCGGCGUGUUGCAAAGCGUGGAAUAAGCCAAGUUUUCUGAAGAAAGGCUGUUCGUUGGUGUUUGAUCUCUGAGACCAUCUCCGGAGAGAAUGUGAUGCCAGCUGCGGGUAGCCGACAGCAGGACAGCUGGAGGGGCAGUCAGCAGGGACAUUGCUCAGGGAAUGAGGGCUAUGUUGUGCAGAAAUUUACUAGCUCGAACUUGUAGAAGGCCUUCCCAGAUGAACUGCUAUGUACCAGAGGUAGCAGGCGGCGGAUCAAGCUCAGCCACGAACUUCGCCAGUCUCUCUCCUUCCAAAUGCACCCCAUUUCCCAGGACACUUCCAGCACAUCAGGAUCAGCAGGACUCGCCUCGACACCUGCACAGCCAGCCCCGUCUCUCGCAGGCAGGAGCCCUUCCCUCCUGCGAGGCCAAACCAUAGCUCCCUCCCGUUCGCCGGCAAUUCGGUCUGCAUGCAGAGAGGGCAUUGCUCGCUGCGGGCAGCCAGUUCUGCCUCUGAGCAGCUUGGCGCUUUGGAGCCUCUUCUCAGUCAGGUCAGCACUGGAAAGUACCAGCAGCCAGAAGAUCUUCCCCCUGCUGCUUCAGCCUUGCAAGAUCACUCUGGAUUCUGUUCUGAGUUUUCUUCUUUUUUUCAUGCCCUGUCCUGGAUGGGAAUGACAAACCUACGUUCCAUUUGGGACAUGACUGUGUAACCACUGGGGCUGUGAGGACGGAGGCAGACAGUGCUGCGUUCCUCUGUCCCCUCUGACCAUCAGCCCCUGCCAGGACUUUGGGCAGAGACCUCCUUCUUCCCACCCUCACUGAGCACCUGCAGUUCUGCUCUGUAAUCUUCAGUGCAUUUCCCUGCAGGGAUGUCCCCAUGCUCUCAAAAUCACAGUCUGUGCCAGCUGACGUGGAGCUAUUAGACCCUUUCCAGAAUCUUUACUGUGACCCCAAAGCACUACAAGGAUGAACUAGUUUUUGUUUUUGAAAUGAUGGAACUACAGAGGUAUGGUUAAACCUUCUUUGGGGAUGAGAAGAUAGAAGACUAUUGAUAAAGGGAAGGAAUCUUGACCAAAGAUCCUGUUUUCGAACCUAAAACUAACUUAAAUCAGCCUUGAAGUUUGGACUUGGGCCAGGGACAUAAAGAGCAUGCACAGGGAACCAAGGUGAAAAGUUCAGCCUGAGGAAGACCCUUUACUUCAUCUGAGGAGGACUCUUACUUCAUCCUGGAGACCCCUGCCCACGACCACCAGACAACACUGCGCAAGCGCAACACGGAUGUAAAUGACUUUUGGGCUCAUUGUAAUAGGAGGCGAGGCUAGGGGGAGCUAGGUAAUGAAUAUGUAUAGGCGUACUGGGAAACUCAAUGAAUAUGGAACUUGUAACCCGAUAAAUACCAAGCUGAAUGCAGCUGUCGGCACGCAUGGUUUUGGAGGAGCUAUCCCCCAUGCGUUCCAGCGCUGGAAUAAACAUACCUACUUUACUACUUAUUUAGUAGUGGAGUCUUUCCCGCUCAUCAUUUUGGCGAGCAGCCAGGAGAAACUCUGUCCAGCUGCAGGAUCGGCUUAGGAGCGGAUGUCCUAGGCACGCCCCAGGGCUUUCCUGGAGGAUCUCCGCCCCUCGGCUCGCUCACUGCGGCGGACAGACAACAACCUGCUGAAACUGCGGAUAAACGGUAUGCUUUGCAUUUAGGGUGCCUGUGAGUCGUACGCGUGGCCAGGGCUGCUGGUAAGACACACAGAGACGUCUCGUGCACAGCGUAGUCCCUGUGUGGGUAAAGUUGGAGCUUGCAAGCAGAGCAGCUGGCUAUGGGAGCUGGCAAGAGGAAUCACCGACCGAUAGAGCUAGCAAUCCUGAGAGUGGAUCGGGUGAUUCCGGGGGGGGUUCUGCCAGAACUUGUUGAUGAUUGUAUUGGGGAAAAUAAAUAAGUGGGACCCUGAAGUUAUUAAAAGUGAGUGUUAUGAAUAUUUUGGCUUCUAGUAGCUGGUUUGAAUGUUGUUGUGUUGCUUAUAUGUCUGUGUGGAUAUUGGUUGUUGUUGGACUGCUUUUAUGUUGUUGUGUUUGUAUGUUGUUGUGUGUUGUUUGAGGAAGUCGUAUUGAAGCAUUUGUUUGGAGCCAUGCUAGAUUAUUGAUUUUUGUCCUAAUAAAAUUAAAAUUGUGGCUAGAUGAGAGGUUAGAAGAACCUCUCGCCCUCAGUGGUUUGGUCUUGAUUCUUGGGAAUUUGUAAAUCCAAUAAAACAUUGGAUAGAGAGAAGAGACUAACGAGUUCCUUUAGAGGGAAUAUAUAGAACCUCUACAAGAAGAUUAGUAGCUUUAGAUUGGGAACAACCAGUGGCAGAGGAUUUAGGUUUUGAAAAAAUACAUGGAAUAACUUGUUUUUGUGGAUGCAUUAGAACUUUUCAUUCAACAAGAGGAUGGCAUGCUGCAUGAGUACUAAUACAGUGUAAUAUUUGUAAGAGGUGGUACUGCUCUUCUGCCAGGCAGCAGAGCUUAUGCUUUCAGUGUUAUUGGAGGCACCCCAGUGAAGUUGAUUUUGAGCCUGAGAUUUUAAAGUUUGUGUGUGGGAAGUGGCAUUUGGUACCUGAGGUUUGGGAGGUUCGGGAAGAAAGCUGGGAAGGAACUGUGAGAGAGUGCGAAGAAAGAUUUGGGUAGAAGCGAGAUAAAACUAGGAGACGGAGAUAGAAACAACAGUGGCUAAGCAGGGAGGGAGGUUGUUGCCCCCCUCUAUCCCUCAACAGUUAUAUGGUAGGAGUAUAGUCCCUGACUCCUUCCAUUCAUUUGUCCUGCCUGCACAAGUGAUAGAAGGGACUCCCUCCUUUGUGUGUGUGGGUAUAAGAAGACUCCAGCCCCACACUGGCUGUGGGUUUUAGCUCAGUGCAGAUUUUGUGGAAGUUGGAGAUAUUACUGUUCUAUUUAUUUAGCAGACAGAGAUCCGUGCCUGGAGUGCUGGGAAAGCAAGGAACAUUUUGUUUUAAAACUUUUGUGUGGCAAAGAGCAUCAUGUUCCUGAAAAUAGUAGAGUGCUAGAAAAGGAUUGGGAAGAACUAGUAAAGGCUUUUGAAGAAGAUUUCAAGUGGCAGCAAAGCAGGCCUGUCAAGAAACAUAAGAGAAUUUAUAACUAGUGGCUUAUACACUAUAUGGGUGGCCCGGACUGGGUGGCACAGUAUUUGAGUGAACUCGAACUCUGAACAGGAUGGGAACCGGACAGAGUAAGGAAAUCUCUAAAGUGAGCCUGUUUGGCUGUGUUUUGGCACAUUGGAAAGAGAUAGUAGGAACUGGAGGCCCAGAAAAUAAAAGAACUCUUGUAAAAUAUUGUACCCAGUGGGGGUCACUGUAUAAAUUAGAAGAUGGAGCAAAGUGGCCACCUAAUGGAACUUUAGAUUAUAAUACCUUGCUUCAGUUAAUGCUGCUUCUGAGACGGGAAGGUAAAUGGGAAGAAGUUUCUUACACUGAUGCAUUUUUCUCCCUCCGAAAUCACCCUGAAUGGCAGAGAGAUUGUGGAAUCAAACCCCCCAGUGAUCCUAUGGUGCUAGCUCUGGAAAAAGAAAAUAAAAAAGGCCGAGGAAGAAUUAAGCAGUGUUGUUCGUCAUGCAGUAUAGAUCAGAGAUGUACAAGGUCAGACAAAGUCUAUCAAGCAGCAGCCCAGGGACAAGAUGAUGAUGAACUAACAGAUUUGCUUAAGCCUCCCCUUAGGAGACAGGAAGAGGAUGCAGACUCGGAAGGAACACCAACGCCAACCCCCUCUCCCCCGGGCAGUCCUGUCUCGUCCCGAACCAGGAAACAGGCACCUCUGAGAGAGGCAGUGGCACCUGAUGGGAAUACAAUGUUGAUUAGAGUACCUUUCUCUACUGCUGACCUAGAUGCAUGGUAUAACGUUGCCAAAAAUUACCGAAGUGAUCCAGCGGGUACCGCUGAGUGCUUGCAACUUAUAAUCAAACAGCAUAAUCCAGAUUGGGCUGAUAUACAAUUAUUACUGGGUGGACUAACAGAGACAGAGAGACAGUUAGUUUUGAAAACAGCUCGAGACUUGGCAGAGGACUAUUACAAAACGCAACAAUUAGAUAUAAAAGAUUACUUCCCACGCCAGGAACCACACUGGAGUCUGAAUAGAACAGCCGAAUUAGAGAAAUUAAGAAGUUCAAGAAUGGAUAGCAAAAGGGGUGGAAAGGGCCAUUCCCAAAACCCUAAAUUGGUCAGCUUUGUAUGCGGUAAGACAGGGUCCUUCCAAGUCACCAUCCGAAUUCCUGGAUCGUCUGAGGGAUGCAAUGCGCUGUAACACAUCACUGGAUCCUGAGACCGACGUAGGGAUACAACAGCUGCUAUCUUUGUUUCUAGGACAAUCCACAGGAGAUAUCAGACCUAAAUUGCAAAAACCUCAGGGGCCAGAGGGGAGGGACCUGGAAACUCUAUUAGAUGCAGCUUGGAGGGUAUUCAGUAAUUGAGAAGAAAGUUACAAGCAAGGGAUGAAGAAAUUGGCAGCAGUAGUAAAGGAAGGAAAUAGGGAAAAACCUAGACAGAGACCUCCCAGACAGGGCCCACCUCGGCUAAGUAAAGACCAACAUGCCAUUUGCAGGAGAUUCGGUCAUUGGAAGAACCAGUGCCCAGAAAGAAGACAAGAACACCGCCAGAACAGAGGAGACCAAGUAAGAGGGAGGGUGGUUGCACACGUGAAAGAAGAUUGAAGAGGACCGGGGGAUUUCACCCUAGCAGAUCCACUGGUUAUAAUGCAGCUAGGGGAAAAGGAAAAAGAAAUAGAAUUUUUGGUUGAUACGGGGGCAGCAUAUUCAGUUUUAAAUAAAGUUUUAAUGUCUGUGGGAGAUGACUACAUUGUGGUACAAGGAACAACUGGUCAAUCUGAAAAGCUUAUUUUUGCAAGCCAUUGAAAUAUAAAACUGGGAAACGAUGUGUAGUGGGUUGAAGCUGAGUUGAUGGACAGUCUUUUAGACUAAUGACGCUUCUCACAAUUUACAUAUUUAAACCUCACGGAAAGGCGGGAAUUGCCUUUGGUCUGAGCUCGCCCACUGGAAGGUGUGGGGACUCCGAGCCUCCGGGCCCCCGCCAGGCUGGGGCCACUGCCCCCCCUUUUCUCAAUGCCACAGCAUGGACCCUGGGUCGUUGGGGGGGAAACUGUCCAAGAGCUGCAGGCAGCUAAAACCAGCCAUGGACUGCCACACGGCUAAUCCCAUCCGG